AGCGUGGACGAUUAAACAGCCCCAAGCCCCGGCAAACAAAUCAAAGUCAAAAUUCCCAAUACUGAAUGGGUUUCCUCGCGGUGGAGGCGCUCUGCGACUGCAAUGGAACCUCCGUCGCGCCGCCCCAACCGGUUGGCUGUUACAUCUCCGCUCGAGACAUCCUACCAUCCUGCAAACCGAUCCUGAAAGCCACGGCGAGAGGAAGAUGCGGCAUUCGUCGCAUGAUCAUUUCUACGUUUCUCCUUCUCGUUAUCCUGGUGGCGAUCUACUGCCUGUCCAUCUCCUGCGAGCGAUUACGAUCGUUCGGCAGAUCGGCGAUGAUUCAGAUACAAUCGACAGCUCGGAACCAACCUCAAAUCUCACCGGCACCGGCUACCGAACAGGAGAGCGCGGAACAGCCACCGCCAGAUGAGGGACAUUUGUAA